UAUCUAAAUGCCGAUGGACCAGUCGAACACGUUUAGUGAUGCUAUUUUACACCAGUGCGGCUCAGCGGAGCCCCGCUGAAAACGUUAUUAGACAGAUCUGCGCUUACAAGGUGCGCCGUGAUUGUUGAAGAGUUUCUUUUUCAAACACCCCAAUAUGUCGAAGCGAGGACGUGGUGGUUCGGCGGGAGCCAAAUUUAGGAUAUCUCUGGGUUUGCCGGUCGGAGCUGUCAUCAAUUGCGCCGAUAAUACCGGGGCCAAAAAUCUGUAUGUAAUUGCGGUGCAAGGAAUCAAGGGGCGACUAAAUCGCUUACCAGCUGCUGGAUCAGGUGAUAUGAUUGUUGCCACCGUUAAGAAGGGAAAGCCUGAACUUAGAAAAAAGGUGAUGCCAGCAGUCAUUAUACGCCAGCGCAAGCCAUUUCGAAGGAAGGACGGUGUCUUUAUAUAUUUUGAAGACAAUGCUGGCGUAAUUGUCAAUAAUAAAGGUGAAAUGAAAGGUUCAGCAAUAACAGGUCCUGUUGCAAAAGAAUGUGCAGAUUUAUGGCCAAGGAUUGCAUCAAAUGCAAGCAGCAUUGCGUAAAACCUAUAUAAGUUUAUUGUCUUUAAUAAAGAAAAUCUGGGUUUCUAUCUCCAAA